GCUCGCCUUCAUCCUAUUUCACACCCUUUGUCCCUCCCCCUGGGUUUGUUAUUCACCAAGAUACGAUUUCCGAGUGGCUUCCCGUCCCUUCUCAAUAUUAUUUUCACCGGUUUGUGUGGGAUUAGGGGGAGCAACACGUCGCGUUUGCCAGGUUCCUUGCUCGCCGGGGAGGGCUCUAAUCGCCAAAUAUAGCCCCUGGACUCGACUCUCGACGGCUGAGCAGACCGUGACGGCUGCCGAGUGUGUUGGAGUGAAGCAGUAGGUCAGGAGAAAACCCCCCCCCUUCGGAUUUCCAGAAUUCCUUUUCUCGGUACUAUCCUUCACCAGACCUCGCCUCUCGUUUGCUCGCCUUGAAUCGUUUCCGACGCUUCCGAUUUACUACACCACGCCAACCAUUGCUACACUCUUUUGCCACAGCUUCCUACGAGUCGGUAGCAAUCUUGCUUUACAAAGGUUCCCCCCCAUUGACAGGUACCUAAUUUUUACAAUAACACUGGCCGCAUCAACACCGCUCCGUCCCGGUUUUCCUUCUAUUCGUCCACGAUGACGGGGAAACCUCCGUCGCCCACCGCGACGAAACGUUUGCGAUGGGCAACCCAGCGGGUUCCUGGGGUGGAAGCCGUACGGAAGAGGGACACGAUAAUGAGGGCUUUAUCAAUCUCGCGAAGGUCACCGGAAAAGAUGGAGGCGGAUAUUUCGGGGACAGGAGGGGGCUCUGGUGGUCAAAUGAGUCCCGAGUCGGAGGGGUCGGAUGAAGGGUCCACCCAACGGCGUAUAUUUGUUAACGAGCCUCUGCCGCCGGAGUGUCUCGACGAAGAUGGUUCCCCUUCGCAAUGGUUCUCUCGAAACAAGAUUCGCACGGCUAAAUACACGCCUCUCAUAUUUGUUCCUAAAAAUCUGUGGCUUCAGUUCCACAAUGUUGCUAACGUUUAUUUCCUUUUUGUUACCAUACUUGCAGUAUGUUGACCUUUGCCGCAGCUUUCCUCUUCUCUUUUGCGCCUUGUCUGACGACUUGUGUCUAGAUAUUUCCCAUAUUUGGCGCGAGCAAUCCAGCUUUAGGUUCAGUGCCUUUAAUUGUGAUUUUGUUGAUUACGGCUGUCAAGGAUGCGAUAGAGGAUUAUCGCCGAACGGUGCUCGAUAUCGAGCUCAACAAUACCCCGAUUCAUUUAUUGGUCGAUUGGCAUAAUCCUAAUGUUACCGACGAAAAUAUUAGUUAUUGGCGCCGGAUUAAGAAGGCUGCGUCCAGGGGUAUCCGACAUGUCGUUUCACUCUACAAACGACAGAGGCAGAAGAAAAAGGGAAAGCAGCUUGGGGAUGAAAACGCACUGCAACGCAGUCAGACAAGGGCGUCGGUUUAUUCGGUUACGACGGAACAUUCGGAGUCCAUUCAAAUGACUCCGGUUUCUUCUCCAACCCCUGACAAGCAACGCUUUUCCUUUGAAGGUCCGUCUGCGGCUGGUCGUACCCACCUGACAGUCCCAAACCCCAAGAGACAAAGCUCUUCAAAGCCGCCUGCUCGGUUUUUUGGUAAUGUUGUCGAUCCUCACAAACAGACUCCUGGGAAAGCAAAGUUCAAGAGGGAUUAUUGGAAAAAUGUUCGGGUUGGGGAUUUCGUGCGGAUUUACAACGACGAGGAGAUUCCUGCUGAUGUCAUCAUCCUUUCCACCUCCGACGCCGACGGUGCAUGUUAUGUUGAGACAAAAAAUUUGGAUGGUGAAACCAAUCUCAAAGUUCGACAUGCGUUGCAUUGUGGAAGGAGGGUUCGGCACGCCAAAGACUGCGAAGCUGCAACUUUUAUUUUGGAAAGCGAGAAUCCUCAUGCCAACCUUUACUCUUAUAGUGGGGUGGUUAAAUGGACACAGAAGGAUCCCACAGACCCUGGAACGGAGGGGACACCGAUGCAGGAACCGGUAUCGAUCAACAAUCUUCUACUUAGAGGAUGCACUCUCAGAAACACCCAGUGGGCCAUCGGAGUCGUUGCGUUUACCGGUGAUGAGACCAAGAUUAUGAUGAAUGCUGGAGUUACUCCUUCGAAAAGGAGUAGGAUCACACGAGAGUUGAAUUGGAAUGUGGGUGGAUGAUUUCUACUACCGAGUGUGAGACCGAUCACGGCUAAUUUGCAGUAGGUUAUCAUGAAUUUCGGUCUCUUGUUAAUCAUGUGUUUGGUAUCGGGAAUUGUGCAAGGAUUCACAUGGGCUAAGGGCAACGAGUCUCUCGACUUUUUCGAGUUCGGUUCUAUUGGAGGGUCACCGCCGGUUGAUGGUAUUGUCACCUUUUGGACCGCUGUCAUCCUGUUCCAGAACUUGGUCCCGAUCUCGCUUUACAUCAGCAUUGAAAUCAUCAAGCUCGCUCAGGCAUUCUUCAUCUUCAGUGAUGCUUAUAUGUAUUACGAAAAGCUCGAUUACCCUUGCACUCCCAAGUCUUGGAAUAUUUCGGAUGAUCUUGGACAAAUUGAAUAUAUCUUCUCGGAUAAGACAGGCACACUAACCCAGAAUGUCAUGGAGUUUAAGAAGUGCACCGUCAAUGGUCUUCCUUAUGGCGAGGCUUACACCGAAGCUCAGGCCGGGAUGCAGAAACGGCAGGGAAUAAAUGUCGAAGUCGAGGGUGCAAGAGCUCGGGAACAGAUCGCGGUGGAUAGAGUGGAAAUGAUCAAGGGACUUCGGGAAAUUCACGAUAAUCCGUACCUUGAGGAUGACAGGUUGACAUUUGUUGCUUCUAACUAUAUCGCCGAUCUUAGUGGGGCCUCUGGAGCAGAGCAAGCGGAUGCGAACGCCCACUUCAUGCUUGUCCUUGCUCUCUGUCACACUGUUUUGCCGGAAUUAGUUUCGGCUGAGCCCCCGCGAAUCGAUUUCAAAGCACAAUCUCCAGAUGAGGCUGCGUUGGUGGCUACUGCUCGUGAUUGUGGAUACACCCUUAUUGAUAGGACCCCGCAUGGAGUUAUUGUGAGCGUGCAAGGCGACGAGAGGGAAUACGAGGUUCUCAACACACUAGAGUUCAAUUCCUCUCGAAAACGCAUGAGCGCGAUCAUCCGUAUGCCUGAGACUGGAAAGAUUUACUUGUUCUGUAAGGGAGCGGAUAGUAUCAUCUACUCUAGGCUGCGACCGGGUGAACAACAAGAGCUCAGAAAAUCGACUGCCGAACAUUUGGAGAUCUUUGCGCGCGAGGGGCUGAGAACACUUUGCGUCGCACAGAGGGAGCUCAGUGAAGAAGAAUAUCAAACAUGGAAUAAACAACACGAAGUGGCUGCUGCCUCUGUACACAACCGCGAGGAGAAACUCGAGGAGGUCUCUGAUGCUAUUGAGAGGGAUCUCUCUCUUAUUGGUGGGACUGCUAUUGAGGAUAGGCUGCAAGACGGAGUUCCAGACACGAUUGCCCUUCUUGCUGAGGCCGGUAUUAAGUUGUGGGUUUUGACCGGUGACAAGGUGGAGACCGCCAUCAACAUUGGAUUCUCGUGCAACCUCUUGGAUAAUGGUAUGGAGCUUAUACAAUUCAAAUCUGGAGAGAAUAGCCUCGAAUCUGCGGCUGCACUGCUUGAUGAAUAUCUCAGGAUAUACUUUCACAUUACCGGAAGCGAAGCUGAGCUCAAAGCUGCAAAGAAGGACCAUAACCCACCGCCUCCCACUCAUGCCUUGGUUAUUGAUGGUGAUGCGCUUAAACUUGUGCUGGAGGAUGAGCUAAAAAUGAAAUUCUUGCUUUUGUGUAAACAGUGCAAGGCAGUGCUUUGUUGUCGUGUAAGUCCUAGUCAGAAGGCCGCCGUUUGUCAAAUGGUCAAAUUGGGAUUGGAUGUUAUGACCCUUUCUAUCGGUGAUGGUGGGUUUGUGUUUUUGUGUUUGUGCUCUUGGACAUGGAAAUGCUUAUUUUUUUUUACAGGUGCCAAUGAUGUUGCUAUGAUCCAGGAGGCCGAUGUCGGUAUCGGUAUUGCUGGUGAAGAAGGCCGACAGGCAGUCAUGUGCUCCGAUUACGCUAUAGGACAAUUCCGCUUUUUAAGCAGACUGGUACUGGUGCAUGGGCGUUGGUCUUAUCGGAGAGUAGCUGAAAUGACAGCAAACUUUUUCUAUAAGGUUAGCUCCCGAUCAUGUCUUUUUUAUCAGUAAUUCUAACAGUAUUUGCUUUAUAGAAUAUUGUCUGGACUUUCGCGUUGUUCUGGUACCAGCUCUACAACAGCUUUGACGGAUCUUACCUUUUCGAGUAUACCUACAUCCUUCUCUACAAUCUCGCUUUCACCUCGGUGCCGGUCGUUCUCAUGGGUAUUCUGGACCAAGAUGUUGACGACAAAGUAUCUCUUGCCGUUCCCCAAUUGUACCGUAGGGGUAUCUUGCGUAAGGAAUGGACGCAGGUCAAGUUUUGGUAUUAUUAUCCGCCUUCCCCUGGCAAGUGCUUGGGCUAAUUUUUUUCUAGGGUUUACAUGAUUGAUGGUAUUUAUCAGUCACUAAUUUGCUUCUUCAUGACUUACCUCUUGUUCCAUGAGGGCGGAUUCUCCAGUUCGUCUGGUAGAGAUUUGAACUCACGAGAAUUGAUGGGAGUCUAUGUUGGAUGCGCCUCAAUUGUUGUUGUCAACUCAUAUGUGUUGAUUAACCAGUAUCGCUGGGAUUGGGUCUUCUUGCUUUGCACCGCUAUUAGUAUUCUACUCAUCUGGUUCUGGACGGGUGUUUUCUCACAGUUCACAUCCACUGGCCCGUUCUACAAGGCUGCGGAUCACGUUUAUAGCGCCUUGUCUUUCUGGGUAACCACUCUGUUGACUGUGUUGGUGUGCCUUCUGCCUAGGAUGGCGUCAAAGGCUGUCCAAAAGCUAUUCUUUCCUCGAGACAUAGACAUUAUCCGCGAGCAGGUUAAGGAAGGAAAGUUCAGCUAUCUUUAUGGGGAUCGCGAGAAGCCAGGCACGUCAUCUCCUUCCUCUGCUGCUUCCUCUGAGGUCAUGAAACCUCCAGUUCAACCCUACGCCCAAGAUGAUGAGAGACGACCUAUUUACCCGCCAAGCGUAGCCCCUACCGCGACCACCGCUGGGAAACGUGGGAGUGGCAAUGGCAGUGACGGGACUGAUGGCUCAGGUUAUAUGGGGACAGGAGCUUUUACACCUCACCGAUACUCUAUGGAUAAGCCAGUACGUCCCAGUAUGGAUCGAGCGAGGCCCAGCUUUGAUCGUGUCCUGGCGUCGACGGAUCGAACAAGGGCCAGUUUUGAGGCUACGAGUGAGUUCACAUCUGCAGCCAUGUUGGCACGAAUGGAGUCACGACACUCAGUGCGACCAGCGAAACAACCGUCGUUGCAUGAUGAUGGCACUACUGGCCGAUAGAUGGCGUUUCCUUUUUUUCUUUUAGCCGAUUAAUGUAUAGUUUUUCACUGGGAGAAUGGCAUAGAGAUAAAUAGCGGCUUGGUAAAAGUUGGACAUAAGUUUCGGCAGCUGGGUAUCUGGGUUUCUUUUUCACUUUUUAUCCUGCGUGAGGCAAUGUCUGUUGGAGAUAUUUAUUUUUUAUCUUUUUUUUUCCGAGCGGCUGGUGGCGUUUGUGGGGUUAUCUUUUUUUCUUUCUUUUCCCCUUUUCCAUUUUUUUCCACAGGGUUUUCUCGAGUUGACCAAAGCUAUCUAUUUCCAAAUUUCUUCGUUCCCAUUGUUUUCUGGGAUUUGUUUGUGCUGCACGAUUUCUAGUAUACCGAUCUCCUUUCCUCCUCUCAGCCUUCUCUUCUGCCUUUCAGGUUAGUCAUACCCACCUGCCCGCAUAUUCAACGAAGCUCUGAUCCUUUUACGAUCCUCCCUCUCAGUCCAUGCAGUCACAUAGUUAAUACCCUUUCCUUUUCUGCUAACAUUUUAAACCUUCCCUUUCCCUUCUCUUUUCUCCCUUCGCAUUCUUAUUUUUCUAUUUAUAACACUUUUCAACAUCGUGUAAGAUUUUGCCAUUCACGUUUGUAUUGUACUUUUACUUCUCCCCCCCCCCCCCGACAGAAGAAAGAAGGAGAAUUGGGCUUUAGUCACGCUCUCUGUUUACAUACUUUUCUUCUCCUUUCUCUCAUUGCUUUUCCGUUGAUUUAUUGGGUCGUCAUGUGGACCAAACCGAAAACGUACCAGGUCAGAGUUUGAAGAAGCAAAGCAUGAUGAGGAGAGGCGGUUUUUUUUUUCUGCGCCUUUGGUUUCUCUUAGUUUGACUUUUGUGUCUGGUUCGUGUUUAUAAUGGCAUAGUGUUGUAAGCUUGUAUAGAAUUUAGGCUCUUGUUGUGUGAUUUGCUAUCACUGUACUAGUACUUGUAGCACACAGUGCUGGUAUGUUUGGUACCCCCAUGCGGAGCGUGGUGGCUGUGGGACGGAGGUGGGUUAAGCCGGUUCCGUGAAGCCUCGUACUCGUAUUGCUGUCCUUUCCCGCGUUGUGUCUCACCACG